AUGAAUGGAUUUUUCCUCGCUAAGAAAAGUUUGAGGACAGGGUAUUACUGGAUGACCAUGGAGCAUGAUGCUUUCAUACCCGUGGAGGUAGAAAUCCCUUCACUCAGAAUUAUCCAAGAGGCAGAACUGAAGGAUGCGGAAUGGGUCAAGAACCAUUAUGAACAAUUGGCCAUGAUAGAGGAAAGACGAAUAGUGGCGGUGUGCCACGGACAGCUGUACAGACAGAGAAUGUCUAAAGCCUUCAACAAGCGGGUCAAAACUCGCCUUUUCCAGAUCGGACAACUCGUGCUCAAACAAGUCUUCCCCCACCAAGAGAAGUAUAAAGGGAAAUUCGAGCCAAACUGGCAGGGACCAUACAUGGUCAGGAAAGUACUUUCAGGAGGAGCUGUGGUGUUAGCCGAGAUGGACGGGCAAGAGUGGCCUAAAACCAUCAAUGCAGAUGCACUCAAGAGAUACUAUGUUUAG